AUGCCCCUAACAAUUCACCACCUCCACUCCUCCCAAUCCGAACGCAUUCCCUGGCUCUGCGAAGAACUAAACAUUCCCUAUGAGCUGAAAACUUACAAACGAGAUCCAAUCUUUGCUCCGCCCGAGUAUAAAACCUUGCACCCUUCUGGUGCCGCUCCUGUCAUUCAAGAUACUCUUCCCACCAACGACGGUGAUAAUGAUGCAGAACCGCAAACCCUAACCCUUGCCGAAAGCUGCGCCUGCGUGGAGUAUAUCAGCCAUAAAUAUGGGAAUGGGAGAUUAUUCCUACCCCCAACACAUAAAGACUACGCAAACUUCCUCUACUGGUUCCACUGGGCGAAUGGGACUUUUCAGCCGCUGUUGGGACGGCUUUUGACAGUGGAGACCAUCAUCGGCAGUAUCAGCGGCGGCAGCAACAGCAGCAAGAGUGAAACACAGAACAAAACUCUUGGUUCCAAUCCCCUGAUUGCCCUCUGGAAUGGCAGGAGACAGCGGGCGCUGGGGGCGCUGGACCAGCGAUUUAAGAAAAGGGACGAAGGCGGCGAUGAGGCGACAUGGUUGGCUGGUGAAGAGUUUACGGCGGCGGAUAUCAUUGUUGUGUUUUCACUGACGACUUUCAGGUACUGGUAUCGAUAUAGUUUGCAGGAAUAUAAAGGGAUUUUGGGCUACUUGCAGAGGAUUGGGGGGAGAGAGGGGUAUAGGAGGGCGAUGGGCCGAGCGGACCCAGAAAUGACGUUGGUGUUGGGUGCAGAGCCCCCGGUGAAAGCGUGA